AUGUCUGAAGCUCGAGCUCCAAACCGGCAGGCGGCGCCACCACCAUCGCACGCAUCAGUUGCCGGUGGAGGAGGAGGACAGAUCCUGCAUCCAAUGAGACGUCACUUACCGUUCUCCUCGACUAGACCGCCGUUUAUUCCUUCCGAUGAUUACCAUCGUUUCUCGUCCGGAAACGACGGGAAUAGAGUCGCCACCACCGUCGAUCAGGAGGCUGAACUCAUCAUAGUUAAAUCUCCGCCAGUGAAGCGAAAACUUGGAACAGACUACAAUGAAGUUCCAUCUAAUGAAUGGGCCAGUCCUGGUUACACUGGUACAGUUAACAGUCCCGUUCGCACUCCAGUAUCUGGAAAAGGCGGAAGGAUGAACGGACGUUCAAGGGUCACAAAGAGCAGCAAACCUGCUCCUCAGACCCCCAUUUCAAAUACCGGUUCACCUUCUCCACUUACUCCAGUUGGCAACUGCCGGUAUGACAGCUCACUAGGCCUUUUGACAAAAAAAUUCAUUAAUCUCAUAAAACAUGCUGAAGAUGGCAUUCUUGAUUUAAAUAAUGCUGCUGAUACCUUGGAGGUGCAGAAAAGGCGGAUAUAUGAUAUAACAAAUGUUCUUGAAGGGAUUGGUCUAAUCGAAAAGAAGUUAAAAAAUAGAAUCCGCUGGAAGGGUCUUGAUGCUUCAAAACCUGGUGAGUUGGAAGAUGAUGUCACUCUGUUACAGGCAGAAGUUCAAAAGCUUUCAAUGGAGGAGCAUAGAUUAGAUGAAAGCAUCAGGGAAAUGCAGGAAAGAAUGAGGGACUUGAGUGAAGAUAACACAAACCAAAAAUGGCUUUUUGUGACUGAAGAUGACAUAAAAAGUCUACCAUGCUUCCAGAACGAAACCUUGAUAGCAAUUAAGGCUCCUCAUGGGACCACUCUUGAAGUUCCUGAUCCUGACGAGGCUGUUGAUUAUCCACAAAGGAGGUACAGGAUAAUCCUUAGAAGCACAAUGGGACCUAUCGAUGUAUAUCUUGUCAGUCAAUUUGAAGAGAAGUUUGAGGAUAUUGAUGGGGUUGAACAACCUAUGACAGUACCAGUUGCUUCCAGUUCUGGCUCCGAUGAUAAUCCAGCAACAGAGGUGACCAUUGAAGCACAACCACAACAUGUUCAUGGUAUGAGCUCUGAUAUAAACAUGCCUGAAGACUCACCUGGGAGGAUUAUGAGGAUAGUUCCUUCAGAUGUUGAUAAUGAUGCAGACUAUUGGCUUCUAUCAGACAGAGAAGUUCCUCUGACAGAUAUUUGGAACACCGAGUUACCUGGAAUCCAAUGGGAUGGUGUUGACUUGCUUAGCGAAGAAUUCGGGUUGGCAGAAGUAGGCACACCAAGGGCAACCACCCCACCAUCUGAUGCAUCCCUCAAUGCCAAUGCCAGAAGCUGAUGAUGUUCAUACUUGGACAACCUACAAGAAUCAUCUACAUGAUGAAAAUCAGCAUUGGGGAAGUGGUGUUUUGAAGAGAAUAGUCGUAUGAAGUCCAGAUAGGAAACAGCAGGUUUGUUGUACAGUAAAUUCCAUUCAGCCUCUAGUGUCAGGUUGGGAAUAAAAAAGCAGCAGCAGCAGCUUCAUCAUGCUUCUUCUUGAGUUAUGAACAAUCAAUCUAUUUGCAGUUUAGUUUCCCGUAAGCGGUUAAUGUUUUGUCGUUAUCAAUGUAUCCAACGUAAACUUCGGUUGUUGCAUGAUAAUGGCUAUACAUUCUUUAUUUC